AUGGAAAACGAGGAAAUUGAUGAGACGAUGGCCACGUUAAUGGAUGCAGUCAAUCUCAUCUGUACUGUUGAGGAUGAAUAUGUUCAUCAAGAUAUCCAGUGCGAUACCUGCAGUCAGCCCAUCGUCGGUAGACGGUUCCGCUGCUCCAAAUGUGAAGACUUCGACCUUUGUUCACAAUGUCGCUCUAACGGAUUUGGCGACGAACACGAUCCAGAUCACUUGUUCUAUCCGAUCCAGUACCGUCGGCUGUUCCUUCCACCAGCAAACGGUGAGGACUUUGCUCUGCUUCAGAAAUUCGACCAGGCUACUACAAGCAUGUCCUUCUAUUUGCAUUACCCGUGGUUCUUUGGGCCUCCUAUCUUCGAAAAGCUAGUCGUUGGAACACCAAACGAAGAGGAAUCUCGCGCGUUGUUGGUGCAGCUUGAAGAGUCUCUGGAUGGUAUUCACUUACAGGUUGCCCUGGAUGGAGUCAUUCGGCUGCUCGCUCCUGAAGAUUGGAACUGGCGCCAGGUACAAGACCAUGUUAAACCCCUUCUCGAGCUUCAGCUUGUGCGUGCACAAUCAUCUAGCUCCUUUUAUCAGCUAUAUCAUGCCCUGGAAAGCCAGAGCAACGUAGCGCAGAGUGCCCCCAAUAUCAACUCAUCUGAAGUUUUACGACUCAGAAAGCUCCUUUUCGAUACUGAUCUCGACCGAAAUUCUGUCCAGGGAUGCAAAGAUGCUUUGAAGGUGUUUAUUGCUUCCAGAUCUAGCGGUGAUGGCUUCGCGGACCUGUCCAUACCUGCAGAUAAGAUCUCCGAGUCCGCAAAAUACAUGGAGAUGUUAUCGAGGGGUUUUGAUCUUAACUCAGCAUUUCUUCCCAUAUUCGAAGAAGUGGAAGCUUUGCUGAAGCUUCGGAGACCGGGUUCGCCAGACCGCGAGUGGUCUAUAUCGAAAAGUAUGCAGACAUGGCAAGAGUAUACGAUAGCGUAUAGUUCAAUACUCGCCCGGGUGGAGCAAUAUCUCGAUCAAAGUUUGCGCAGGGUCACAGAUAUGGGGAACAAUUCAUGUUAUGGUUCACUACAACCGCAACCCUCCGAUGCUAUCCUGGACACAUUUACACACCUCAUAUUGUGCAGGCAAUUCAAAGCAGCGCAGCAACUGAUUUCGGGGUUGGAUAAUCUCAAUCCACUUCAUGUAUUGAAAAUUAUGUGCUUCUACGAACUGACUGGAGCUGUUUCAGAAGCGUGCCAUAUAGCGCACUCUGCAGUCGAGCGCUUCCAUGUGAAGGCCCAAAUCGUAGAAAACUUUAUUUGGAAUGAUAUUUUCAUGCUGUGUGAAGUUUAUUUCAGUUGCUUUACUCACGGUCGAUGGACAGAAGCGAUAGUGAGGGCCAUUGCUACAUUGGAUCAAAUUGCUUCGAUCUCCGAGACACUUUUGAGUUUUGAAAAUUGCGUUCUUGAGCUUUACUGUUUCAAAAUAUUUCUGUUAGCGGCCAAAGAUAGAAACGAUCUUUUACAGCCCGAAAUUGUUUCAAGCUUCACUACACGCCUUCGUUACCUUCGAGAGUCUUUGAAUAAGUUUGGUGCUCAAGGACUGGCUCUGCAUGUGUUCGACAUAGAGCUACGUGUCCGUCAAGAAGAAGAAAUGAUCUUCGAACUUGAACAAACAGAAAGCCUACGACAUCGGAGAGUCUUGGUUGUGAAAUCAGAGCCUGCCGUUAGAAGCCUUGAGGACUUCUUGUUUAUGCUUUCGAAACAUCAAGAUAGUGAAAAUCUUGGCAGAGAACAAGCUGCCGUUGAGGCGUCUGCCAGACUUCUUUUCGGCUAUGCUUUGGCAGAAAAUGAGCUAGACGAUUUGACCCGCACCAUUAUGAAGAAGAACCUAUGUCGGGUCUGGCAACUGUUCGAACUAUGCGACUCGUCGCUUGGUAAAGCUGAAGCUGCACUAUUAAGUUUACGAUACUAUACGAGUCUUGAUACCGCGGACUUACCUGGAUGGAAUGGUAUUGAGGCCUGCUUCAAAGCCCAGUCGUACUUCAAAGGCCUUAUCAAGUUUCACGAAUUCCAAGCGGCUGAUAAACUUGACACCAAUCCUACUAAAGACGAGACUCUAUCAGCUUCUUUGCUACCGACAGGACCAUCAUUAUAUCGAAAACUCCUUCCGAUAGCAGAGGAAAUGGGUGACAAGCUCUUGUUCAGAAACUGUCGUGUGCGUUCGAUGCGUAGUUGGAUUGAAGGACCUACUUUUAUUAUGCUCUGUGAGAACGUUUUUCACCCAGACACGGGACUUCUCGGCGAUGAAUUGUUUCUAGAGGCUUCGAGACUUUUGAGUCAACUUUAUGAGGUCAACAAUAACUUCAUUGAAUCAUCAGCCUUUGCAUUGCUGCACUUGCGGCUUGCUCACGCCCGCCAAGACCAUGUACUCUUAGACCUCGCAACCACGUUAUACUUCCGUUGUAUUGGGAACAUGGUGUCGACAAAAGACGAUGCAGAUCGUAUUUACGAGGUUGCAAGCCUUGCUUUUUCUUUCGAUAGAACGAUCUCUCGGUUGUGUCACCCGGUAUUGGCGCAAAUGGAAUCGUCAGAUUUUGUCAUUUCGGCAGGAAGCCUUCCCAUCGAAUCACUUCUUUGGCCAGUCCAACUCGUUCGACAUAUUGUUGAGGAUGAUGGCAUCCAAAGCAUGUCGCCGCAGCUGAUUUCGGUUGUCUACAGGUCCAUAAAGCUUGCCGUUGACCUAUUUCUUUUGCUACCGCGCGAGUUUCAUGGGCUCUUCUUCUCCAAGAUUUGUGAGGCGCUUGGUCUCGCCGCUGAAAUGCUAGCUAACCCAAUUCUGUCGCUACUCUGUUACAACCUAGGGCAAUCACAACUCGUCGCUUUCGAUGGGUAUAUGAGAGCGGUAUUGCAACUAAGGAUUGGACGACGCAUUACUUCAUGGAUCUACACCGACCGGUCUAAUUUUCUAGCGCUCCAGGAAGUUGCUUUUGCGUACUUAGACCAAGCAGUCGACUUUUUUUGGGGCGAAUAUUCCCGCCAGUCUUCCUACAGGAACGGCUUGGAAUCAAGCCUCGUCCUUGCCCGGGCCCACCUGCGAGAGGUCCAGUUUCUGAUUGAAAAUGCUGACUGGGGUGAACAUAAUGAUGCUGAAGACGAGGAUCUGACAGAAGAACAGCAAGCAAACAAGAAGCGACUACAGGGACAUUUUGAAGCAGGGCUGUCACCCAUUCAAAGGGCAAUCGCAGGCAAUCUCGUUCUUCGUCGACAGCUUGGGAGUUUGCCAGCGAUGCAGGCUUUAGAGAACAGCAGGCUCUUCUACUUUGGUGACAUGGAAGAACUUUACUGGAACGAAAUGGGCCUUGAAAUGGACAAGUCGAGGAUCACUCGGGAUCCAGAACCUUUAUUAGUUGCAAUCCAGAAAUGGAAAGCUGUAUCGCUCAGAGAUACCAUUUCUCGACGACUCAAAUAUGACACACCAGCUCCCGAAUCAGUGGCAUAUGGGCAGCCCUGGUCGAGCAACGUUAACAUUCCAGAAACGCUGUAUCCAGUUAUCGAGCCGCCUGAAUUCGAAGAAAAAUUGAUCUGGGGCAUGGCUGAGAUUGCUGAGGCACAUCUGGAAGCCGGUCAGAGUAUAGUAUUCGUAGAUUGGACAAGGUAUUAUGAUACGCUGUUCAUGGUCGCCUAUGACGGAACCGAGGGACGAAUAAAGAAAGCCGUUUUGGAGAUUGACUACCAUGCGAUCGAAACUUGGGUUCAUAGUGAGUUGGGAGUAUCUUCUCUUCAUCAAGGUCGCACAAACCGAAAGCGUUUACACAAGUCCAGCCGACUGAAAGACCUUAGACCAAUUUUGGAGAAAUUGGAGGGGUUUGUGAAGCCCAAGGACUUGCUGGUUUUCUGUCCAACUGGAAUUCUUCAUGCAGUCCCAUUGCAGGCGAUCCCUUUUGGUUCUAAAGGUAAACCACUAAUCGCCUCAAAUCCAGUAGUCUUUUGUCCCAGUCUUUCACUACUCCAGACUUGUGUCGCGAGUGUUCAAAAUUCCCCAGUCCUCAGCAGCCUUCCCGCAGCGGCAAUCACAAGACUUGGACCAGGUGAUGCGCAGGAAGAAGUUCGCAUGUUUGAAACUGCGCAGAAAGGGCUAGCUGAUGGACUGCUUCAGGCGAGCUUCACGAGCGGCGAAGAGGCCACUCGUGACGUCUUCAUGAAUCGAUCUAGAGGGACCCGACUUCUCCAUUACCACGGACACGCAUAUCUAGAAGCUGCGCAACGUCGAGACCGAGCGUUACAGCUAGAACCUCGAAAGGCUACCAUGGAUCUGCCUCAGAACGAUGGACUAUUGACGGUAAUGGAUAUUUUCGAUUUGAAGCUAGAUUCGGCAGUGGUAGUUCUUCUAGCAUGUGCAUCUGGCGAAGACGAUGUCGCACCAAACGACGACCCUUUGGGUCUGCUCUCGGCAUUUCUAUAUGCUGGUGCUAGCAGUGUUAUUGCUACAAGAUGGCCAACGCAGACUUCUGAUGCCCGAGAUUUCGCCGAAACUUUUUAUCAAAAGGCGUUUAGCAGCCGGAAAGAUGGCACUGUCAACCUUGCUCUCGCCGUCCAGGCUGCUGUUCUUGAGUUGUGGGAGAACUGGGAUGAAGAUGAUCCCUACCACUGGGCGCAGUUUCAACUUCAUGGCUGUUGGUUCGGAAAGUUAUGA